ACUUGAUAUGCACUUAGUGUUUGGCUUAUCAAUAUUUAUUUACCUCUUAUAAACGCAAUUUUAAGGUCUAAGCAUCAUUCGGUGUUCAGAAUGAAGAGUCUUGUCUCGCAAAAUUUUAUUUAUCGAUUGACUUAGAUCUAAGGUUGAUUGAUAAGGUGUUUUCAUAUCAGUUUAUCACGAGUGAUUUGGGAUUUUCGGAAGGUUAUUUAGGAAUUUCCGAUUAAUUUCUACGGCCAUUUAAACACGAAAAUUGGUUUUAAAAGCGUCAAAACAUCACGUAACAAAUAUAAAAAUGCCGGAGGAGCAAGAGGACCAUAGCCAAGGUUCUGACAAGGGCAAGGAAAAACUUGUUGAAGAGACUAUUAACAGUGAUGAGUUAAAGGACAUGGUUUAUGACCUUCUUAGGAAUAUAAAAGAUCCUGAGAAGCCUAACACGCUUGAGGAGCUUAAUGUGAUUUAUGAAGACGGAAUUUUCAUUAAACAACCUACAGGAGCAAAUAUAAAUAUUGUUAGGGUAGAGUUUAACCCGACUGUACCUCAUUGUUCUUUAGCUACCUUGAUAGGACUGUGCAUUAGGGUUAAACUAUUAAGAAAUGUGCCUUAUCCUAUAAAGUUAGAUAUUUAUAUUAAGGAUGGAGCACAUGCAACUGAACAUGAAAUAAAUAAACAAAUAAACGACAAGGAAAGGAUAGCAGCCGCAAUGGAAAAUCCUAAUUUAAAGGAAAUUGUAGAGACUUGUAUUAAAGAAGAAGACUGAUGACUGUGUAUUUUGACUAUCGUUUAUAGUUAGUAGGUUUAUGGAGCAAUAAUGUACAUAGGUUCGGUUCUUGUUUAUAUAACUUUUAAUUAGGUUUUACUUUUUUAAACUUAGGUUAUAGAAAUUUAAAUAUUAAUAAUUAUAGCAUGGUUUGUUGACUUC